AGUGACAUCAAGAACCAGUUCGACACGACCCCUGCCCUCGAUACGCCCCCUUCCCUCGAUACGCCCCCCUUAUUAGUUGUGGUUUAAAGGAACAUGGCUACACCUACCAGAUGGGGCCUCUGUGCCGCUGGUGCAAUUUCAAAUGAUUUCACCAUUGCCUUGAAAUGUCUCCCUGCAUCAGAACAUCAGGUCGCCUGUGUAGCGGCACGAAAUCUUAGCCGUGCUCAGGAGUUUGCCAAAAAGUUUGAUAUUCCUAAGGUGUAUGGAUCGUACCAAGAACUGGCAGCAGAUGAAAAUUUAGAUAUUAUCUACAUUGGUGUUAUCCAUCCAGCUCAUUAUGAGAUAUGUAAGCUGAUGAUCAACGCGGGAAAGAACAUCUUGUGUGAGAAGCCAAUGACCAUGUGCAAGAGGCAGACACAGGAGCUGGUGGAUUUGGCCAAGGAGAAGAACGUCUUUCUCAUGGAGGCCCUCUGGUCUAGAUUUUUGCCAGCAUACGAGUUUAUCCGCAAGGAACUCAAAGCAGGCACCAUUGGAGAGCCAAAGUAUCUUACCGCUGAAUUCUGUGUGGACCUAUCAGGAUACAAUCUGGAGAGGUUAACAAACAAGGAUUUUGGAGCCGGGGCAUUGGUAGAUCUUGGUCCAUAUACUGUUGGGAUGGCCAUGUGGGCUUUUGAUGAUGAGUACCCAGAACAGAUUGUUGCGAGUGGCCAUCUAAAUAACGAGGGUUUUGAUGUCUGCAGUGGAGCUGUAUUCAAGUUUAGCAAGGGCAGGCUGGCUUGUAUUACUCAAAGUUGCACUGUUGAUUCUGGAAGUCAGGCUUUCAUCUAUGGAACCAAGGGCAAAAUUGAGGUGAAGUUCCCAAUGUGGACCCCCAGCACAGUCAUUGUGAAUGACAAGGCGCACACCUUUCCUCCUCCAGAGAGUCCUUUCAAAACAAACUUUGUGAACUCAACAAAUUUGUCCUUUGAAGCACGGGCAGUCAGGGAAUGUCUAUUGGCAGGUCAGAAGGAGUGUGGUGGAGCAACCCAUGAAUACAGUCUGAAGCUGAUAUCAAUCAUAGAUGAGUUGAAACGACAGCUUGGAGUGCAAUAUGACUGCGACAAAGUCUAAAUAAACAUUACUUCUGAAAGAAAAGGAUACCGGUACUAACAACGAAUUUAGAAUAUAGUGAAGAAAUACUUGUAUUUUCGGUGCCUCAAUGUUGCACAUGUAGCAAGAAGAUGUAAUUA